CCGACCGAGAGGUCAGAGGCAGGAAAUUGGAAAUGUCGGGGAUCAAACAGAAGUUUGGAGUGUUCCGUUCAUAAAAUUUUUAAAAUGUCUAGCGACAUUUUCAGACGGCUUCAUCCGAAUUUUCUCCCAUAUGUUAAAGCUGUACUGUCAAACGGGCAUAUAGGUGUGAUUGGAGGCCCUGUUCGUUUUGCAGAACCUUUAUCAGGGUGCAUAUCAAGUAGACAGAAGGAAAAUAAUUGUGACAGGUUUAAAAUUCAUAUUCCAUAUGCUGGGAGAAAUAUUUCAUGGCAAAUAAUCUUUAAUAGUCAAAAUGUUGACGAACCUCCGGAUUUCAUAUUUGGACAAGAUGAUGAGGAAUUUGUACCAGAGCUUGAAGAAAUUAAGUGUCUUGUGAACUGGAAUCCUGGAGAUGAAAAUUCAUUGUUGUACGUGUUGAGAGAGAUCGUCUGUUUAUAUCGAGAACACCAGCAAACACUAUUAGAAGUGAAUCCACGGUUUCAAUUUGAGUACACCUCAUUGCUUGAUACAAAAAUAUAUGCCGACUUUGAAGUACAUCAAGGUAGAAAGGUGCCUGGCGUGAGAGAUGUACCUAUCAAUUUUCUAAUUCGACUGCCAAUAAAUUUUCAUGAAUUACCUGAAUUUAUUAUCAAGGAAAAUCCAGGCGAAGAUGUUGCAAUAUUGUUGGUAAGCUAUCAAAACCAGGCAGCAACCAAGAUCUUACCACAACUUUAUCUCUCACCAAGAAUUGAACACGCCCUCGGAGGCUCGUCUUCAUUAAGGAUUCCUUCUUUCCCUGCUGAUUCCUGUCUGCUGGAUUACAUACCACAUGUUUGUGAACUUCUUCAGAAUAUGGUGGAACAAAUUAGCAAAGGAUAUCGAAGACGGAAAGAGUAUAUUGCAGCAUUUUUAAGUCACUAUGGAAAAUCUGUUCUUGAAUACGACAUUGAAGGCUUCUACAAGAUAUCAUUCUUAUUUGAAAAUUAUGACUUCUUUUGUACAGUGCACAUUGAGUUGCCAACAUAUUUCCCAAGAGAGCAGCCAGUAAUUCACUUCCAAUCAAUUUACCAUUUUGACGUCUAUGGAAAACCCUUCAGCUCGGUCAUCCGUAAUUACCCCUACAGCCCCCGAUGGACGGGCAAUGAGAUGGCUCAGCGAGUCGAGUAAGUGUGCAUGCAUUGGCAUUAAUAAGCAUACAUAUAGUAUUGUAUAAAUUUUAUAUUAAUGAGCAAAGGCAAUGCCAUAGCCAGGAUUUUCAAACAGUGCGAGACAAUAUCAGGGUGGACCCACUUUACGCGUAAAUUCAGAUAGAAUAAUGUGGACCCAUUUUGCGCAAAAUUAUGAAAAAUCUGGACCCAUUUCCUUACAAUUUUAGGCUAAGUAUGUGAAAUCUGGACCCAUUGUUUAAAAAGUGGGUUCAUUUUAUGCAUAAAAUUGCAUAAUUUGGACC